UAAAAAGCUAGUUGUCAACAAAGGGCAGAACUACCAAAAAUCAGCAAAUUCAUUUGGAAGUCGGCAGUUUUGCCGACGCACCACCCCUUAGCCUAAACUGCAUUUGUCUACAUCGCCAGCCAAAAGUGUUAACAUGGCAACGACGGCUCAACUGUUCGAGGAGCCCUUUGAUGCAGACGAAUACAUUGAAAGGCUGGCUUGGAGAACACCUGGGGGAGGUUCCAAAGGUGGAGCAGAGGCAUUUGACCCCAAAAGACUGCUGGAGGAGUUUGAGAACCAUAUUGUGGAGCUGAAGCAACUGGAUGAGAAGAUCCAACGUCGGGUGGAGAAACUUGAACAUCAGUGUCACCGUGAGGCCAAGGAAUUUGCACACAAAGUACAAGACUUGCAAAGGAGCAACCAGGUGGCCUUUCAGCAUUUCCAGGAGCUUGACGAACACAUCAGCUAUGUGGCCACCAAGGUGUGUCACCUUGGUGACCAGCUGGAAGGCGUGAACACACCUCGACAGAGGGCUGUGGAGGCACAGCGUCUCAUGACUUACUUCAAUGAGUUCUUGGAUGGAGAGCUACGCAGCGAUGUCUUCAACAACCCUGACAAGAUUAAGGAGGCUGCUGAUAUCAUUCAGAAGCUACAUCUCAUUGCCCAGGAGCUCCCAUUUGACAGAUUUGCAGAUGUCAAAGCAAAAAUUGCAAGUAAAUACCAUGACCUAGAGCGGCAGUUGAUCCAGGAGUUCACAGCCGCCCAGCGGAGGGGUGAGAUUGGACGUAUGCGGGAGGUGGCAGCAGUUCUGUUACAUUUCAAGGGCUAUGCACACUGUGUGGAUGUCUACAUAGAGCAGUGUCAGGAGGGGGCUUACUUGAGGAAUGAUGUCUUUGAGGACACUGCAUCCCUCUGCCUUCGGGUCAACAAUCAGGUCGGAGAGGUCUUCAGUAGUCCAGAAGCUGUUAUGGCCAAGCUCAUCCAGAACAUCUUUGCAAACAAAUUAAAGGCCCAUGUGAAGAAGAAACUGGAUGAUACCCAACACUCUGAUGUGGAACAGUACCUCAAGAACCUGUAUGAUCUUUACACCAGGACCACAGCAUUGGCUGCCAAGCUGACAGAGUUCAACCUGGGCUCAGACAAACAUACCUUUCUGUCCAAGCUGAUCAAGAACAUCUUCUCAUCCUACCUGGAAAGCUACAUCGACAUGGAGAGGGAGUACCUUCGUACUCGCAGUGCCAUGAUCUUGCAGCGCUACUAUGACUCCAAAAACCACCAGAAACGCCCUAUAGGCACUGGCAGUAUCCAAGAGUUGAAGGAACGGAUCAGGCAGCGCACCAACCUGCCCCUGGGCCCCAGUAUCGACACCCACGGAGAGACCUUCCUCUCCCAAGAGGUUGUGGUUAACCUGCUGCAGGAGACACGCCAUGCCUUUGAGAGAUGCCACAAGUUGUCAGACCCGUCUGACUUGCCCAAGAAUGCCUUCUCCAUCUUCCUGCUGCUGGUUGAGCACCUGUGUGUGGAUCACAUUGACUACGCCUUAGAAAUUGGCCUCUCAGCUAUUCCCUCAGCAGAUGCCAAGAAUGCCAAUCUGUAUUUCCUGGAUGUGGUUCAGCAGGCUAACACAAUCUUCCACCUCUUUGACAAGCAGUUCAAUGACCACCUCAUGCCACUCAUAAGCUCAUCGCCAAAGUUGACAGAAUGCCUGCACAAGAAGAAAGAGGUGAUCGAACAGAUGGAAGUAAAAUUGGACACAGGAAUUGACAGAACACUGAAUUGUAUGGUGGGCCAAAUGAAACACAUUCUAGCCACAGAGCAGAAGAAGACUGACUUCAGGCCUGAAGAUGAGAACAAUGUCAUGAUCCAGUACACCACGGCCUGCUCUAAGGUGUGUGCCUAUGUGAGUCGGCAAGUGGAGCGCGUUCGUAAGUCCAUGGAUGGAAAAAACGUGGACACGGUGCUGACAGAACUGGGUGUGCGGUUCCAUCGGCUCAUUCACGAGCACCUUCAGCAGUACAGCUACAGCUCCAUGGGAGGCAUGCUGGCCAUUUGUGAUGUGGCCGAGUACCGACGCUGCGCCAAGGAGUUCAGGGUCCCACUGGUACUGCAGCUCUUUGACACACUCCACGCCCUUUGUAACCUGCUGGUAGUUGCCCCUGACAACCUGAAGCAGGUUUGCUCUGGUGAACAGCUGACAAACCUGGACCGGAACCUCCUGCACGCCUUUGUACAGCUCAGAGUGGACUACCGCUCGUCCAGACUGGGCCGGCACUUCAGUUAAUGACUGAGUCUGGGGAAAAAAAGAAAAACAAUCGCUGCCCUCCGUCCAAACAACUCCCCCCCCCCCAAUGCUUUCAGAUGAUGCACCUUGGAGACGCCUACCCCCUGCUUCAGAUAAUGCAUCUUCCAUAUUAUAAGGUCUCUCCGGCCCAACCAGUGGAAAUCUCAGAGCCUGCUUUGUCCAUCCCAGAAACAACAAACACCAUCUCCUUGAAUAUGGGAUAUGUGCAUUUUACCUUCCUUAUUUGUUUUUUGUUUUUUUAUUUUGUUCUUUUUCCUCACUUGAGAAAAGUUCACAUUUCUGUUGACUGAGCUUUCUUUGUUCUUAAAUACUAAUCUGACACCAAUCUACAGUUUAAUUUUUUGACAAGUUAACAAAGUUGCUUUCAUUGUUUUUGACUGUAAGGGAAAAAAUAGAUUCGUGUUUUUGUUUUGAUUGUGCCAAAUAUAUAAAUCUGUUCUGUGACUGCGCCUGCACACAGGACAUAGACUGUAAAGCUGCUGAAAAGGGAAGGCUAGACUGUUAACUCAGGCCUCUGGUAGCCCCAUGUGCUGGGAGCGCGUACUCCUUGUGUGGAGCUCUAAAGGAACCUACACAGAGUGUAGACAUCUCAACCGAGCACGGGACAGAGCUGUGUCUGGCCAAGAGAGACACAUGACUGUGUUUCUAGCCCUUGACCUUUGCCCUCAGAGCAGAGAUCAAGAGGUCAUCACAGAGAGGUGUGAUUUUAGCUAUAAGCGGGUUUGAGAACCACAUGGGAAAUGUGGGGGGUCUCAUUUUGGCUGAGAUGGCUGGUGUGAUGGGUCAGUGAAUAUGUGUCACCUUAAUUGCACAGAUCAACCCUGCUCAUCCAGUGGUGCUCGCACUCCUGUGGUCUCUAUUAUUAUAACUGGAUCAACAUGGUUUUUGGGUUGGAGCACACUGAAACAUUAGCCUCUUCAGAUUAAGGAAAAAAACUUAAGUGGACUUCUUCACACAGGGCUUAUUGCAGAUUCAGUCUCACUGUCCUUUGCAUAAAGAAGACAAGUCAAGUCAUGAGACUGUCUGCUGCACUGGGCCACUCUGUGUGCUGCUGUUUACCUUAAUGACUCAUUAAAAAGGUUUUGCUUUUUA